AUGGCUAGAAACAAGAAACAGAAUAAGAACAAUUCCAACGCUCAUGCGAAUGAUAAUACGAAGUCUGGCCCCAAGAAGAAGUCCCAGGGCAGCAUGUACGAAAAGCAAGAGGAGAAUAGGGAUAUAACUUUGGAGGAGCUCGACUCUUCUUUAGCACAGAGUACAGAGGAGAGCGAAAACAAGGCGAUGUACGAAGCGGAUGACACUGCGAAAAUAUUCGAAGAAUCUGUAGAAAUCAGUCGAGCUACAGAACAAACACGGGAAGAGAUCCUGCAAGACGAGCUUUCGCAGCCAAAGCACAUUAUCACCGAGACUGAGCUACUUCCAACUACCACGCAAGACGAACUAGACUCCAGCGAUCUCUCUAGUGAUGCCCAUGUUAGGAACCAAGCUUCUUUAAACGCUUGGUCCAUUGAUGGGGGAGAGGUUCAAGAUGUUACGGACUCUAAAGAUGGCCUAGGUGGUGGGCUCCAGCGAACUCCUUUCGAGGUGCAGGUAUCUCAAGAAGACGUAGACGUGACGAAAAUCGAAGAUGAUAAGGAAGGCAUGGUGGUGCCGACCGAGGACAUCAUUCGUUAUUCAAAGCUCGAGGAUGAGGCAGCACGUAGAAAGCAUUGUGGUAGCGUGCCAUCAGCUCAGCCCGGACCCCAUCAGCAGCCAUCACCGGUAUCCUCUAGGCAGCUGCUUGACGGACUCAAACCCUCUACCAAAUACCAGAGAAACAAAUUACAAGCAUCGACCAAGUUGCCGGCCCAGGAGCCGAAGCUUUAUGAUCGAGCGGCACCAUCUCUUCAAGGAAUUCUGGAACAACCCACCACUACCCGGCCAGCUCCUACUGAGUCGCAGCUGCCUAGCAAACCCAAGGCUACUACUCGAGAUUAUAGUACCGAGACACUCAAGCCUGUUACUCGGAAUCAAAGCACUCAAACACCCAACACUACUACGCGGGAUCAAGGCACUCAGACAGAAGUAUCGAUUGAUUCACCAGCCCAGGAGCCGAAGCUCCAAGGUAGACCACCAUCACCGCUUCGCAAAAUUCUCAAGAAGCCUAGCAAUACACCGCCAUCGUCAACUGGGCCACAGAGCCAGGAGAAGCGGAGUUCAGAUGGAAGGCCGAAACCACCGCUUCAUGACAUUCUCGAGUGCCUAACUAAGGAUCGUAGUGUGAACUCGGUACAACCCACGCAGGAGCGGAUGGAACCAGGACAGGAGCGAAUAAUUCGUGAUCUGGCUCAAAAGAUUCCCGUGAAAACCCCAGAACACGCAACCCGACUCGCAAAGCCUGAUAUACCUGCACCCAGGCAAGUUCAACCAGAUACCAUGCCUCCGCCUAUACUACGGCCUAAUGGUCAGGCAAUGCUAACCACUACCGGUCCUAUUCUGAAGCUAAUCGUGGACAACUACGCUUAUCCAUUUGUAGCUAACCGCGAACAUAUCCUCGCGACCAACACUACUUACUUCUCUGCGAAUGUUCGCGAACAUACCGGCACACCGCUUGGUCGCCAACUAGGGCGGUAUGUCAACUUCAGUGGCGAACAAUUCUUUCUCGAAGUCAUCAAGGAGUACUCGCAAUGGCUUUACGACGGCACGAUUCGUAUCAUGGCUUCUCUUGUCCGAGUUACUCCCGCCAACGCCGACCUAGCCUUCAAAUUCCUGGCCAGAGCCUAUGUUUUCGGCGAGCAUAUCAACGACAAGCGUUGGAUGAACGAAAUCAUGGAUGCGUUCAUUAGUGUGCACAUCCGGGAUUGGCGCUUCGAGAUGGACGAUAUUAUCUUGUACACGUACGAGUUUACGAAGUCUACGUCGCCUAUGCGUAGGUUGUUGGUAGAUAUGCAUGCGUAUUGCCUCAAGUCAUGCGACAAUGUGAAGGUUAAGCUCAGGGAACUGCCGACCAAGUUUGCGAUGGAUAUUCUGGUGACGUUGGAUGAGGUUGGAACUGCUACAAGCAGGGAUUGGCGGGAACGUCUAAACAAUCGAGAGACGUAUCAUGUAUAG